CCCGGGGCCCUUCACUGGGGCUGGAGGGGGCACAGGGCAAGGGGUUCAGCCAGCAAGGGCAGCGUUUGGCAAGAGCUCCGGCCCCGCUUGCGGCAGGCCAGGACGGCUGCCGGCCCCCCCUCGCCAGCCGCCGCUUAUUUACUUGGAGAGGGAGGUGGAAAUGUGCUGACCACGUCCGCCGGCGGCGAGGGGCUCCGCUCUGGACAGAACCGGCUGGGGUGGAAAACAGCUCCCUGGCCCCGGUUUGAGCGGCAGCAGCAGCGGGGAGGCAGCUGGGAGGGUGAGCGGGGGCCCCCGGCCCCAGGUACGGCCCCCCCGGCUCCAGGUACAGCCCUCGCCUUCCCAAGGUGAACCACCGCGGCUGCCAUACAGGGCUCGGUCAGCCGUGCCACCGUACCAGCCGUGCCACCGUACCAGCCACACCAACUGCCCAGCCCUGUGGCUCCAUAGGAAAGGGUCCCUGGACGCCCCGCUCAGCGCCCGCACCGCGGUGCAGGAUGGGUGUCGCGGUGGCUGGCGUGCUGCUGGCCCUGCUCCCCGCAGCCGGCGGUCAGAGCAGCCCCCCCGCCGGCUGCGGCACCGACCUCUCCUCCCUCUACUACAACCUCUGCGACCUCUCGGCAGCCUGGGGCAUUGUGCUGGAGGCCGUGGCCAGCCUUGGCGUGGUCACCAGCUUCGUGCUCACCAUUGUCCUGGUGGCCAGUCUGCCCUUCGUGCAGGACCCCCAGAAAAAGAGCCUGGUGGCCACGCAGGUCUUCUUUCUGCUGGGCACCUUUGGGCUCUUCUGCCUGACAUUUGACUUCAUUGUGGGGCCGGAUUUCUCCACCUGCACCUCCCGCCGCUUCCUCUUUGGCGUCCUCUUUGGCAUCUGCUUCUCCUGCCUGCUGGCGCACGCCGUGGCCCUCAACUUCUUGGCACGGAGGAACCGGGGCCCGCGGGGCUGGGUGACACUGGCGGUGGCUCUGCUCCUGGCCUUGGUGGAGGUCAUCAUCAACGCCGAGUGGCUCAUCAUCACGGUGGCGCGGCGGGAGGGCGGCUCGCCGGACCCUUGCCAGUUGGCGGAUGCUGACUUUGUCAUGGCGCUCAUCUACGUCAUGUUCCUGCUGGUGGCCGCCUUCAGCACGGCCUGGCCGGCCCUCUGCGGCCACUACCGCCGCUGGCACAAGCACAGCGCCUUCAUCCUGGCCACCACCGGCCUCUCCAUGGCCAUCUGGGUGGCGUGGAUGGCCAUGUACCUCUACGGGAACCAGCGUGUGGGUGAGAAGCCCGGCUGGGACGACCCCACGCUGGCCAUUGCACUGGUCUCCAACGCCUGCACCUUCCUCCUCCUCUACAUCAUCCCUGAGGUGACGCACAUGACGCGGGGGGACCCCGAGCAGGCCUUCGAGGACGACAUCUACCCCACGCGCGGGGUGGGCUACGAGACCAUCCUCAAGGAGCAGAAGUCACAGAGCAUGUUUGUGGAGAACAAAGCCUUCUCUAUGGACGAGCCCUCCUUCGCCAAGAAGCCGGUGUCCCCAUACAGUGGCUACAACGGGCAGCUCCUGACCAGCGUCUACCAGCCCACCGAGAUGGCUCUGAUGCACAAGGGACCGACUGAAAGUCCCUAUGACGUGAUCCUGCCCCGCGCCUCCACCGCCAGCCCUGGCAGCGCCAGCUCCACACUGCGAGCUGAGGACGCCUUCGCGGCACAGGCCCGGCACACCGGCACCCAGCGGGACACCAGGAGCUGCCAGGUGCAGUCCCCAUAUGGCCGGAACCGAUGGUGAAGCCCCCGCAGCACAGGUCCCACAGUGCCGGCACAGCCGCGGCCUCACCAUCCUGCUCUGGAGGUCUCACCAAGCCUUGUCCCACCCCACCACCUACGUGCCAUCCCCUCCGGUGGCCGGAGCCGGUUUCUGCACAGGGGACACCUGGUUGCAGUCCCAGAGCCAUCACUCCUGCCUGCCCGUCCACGGUGCCCGCAAGACGCCAGCUCUGUCCGGACCCCCUGUCCCUGCCGCUGUCCCUGCCACAAGGACCAGCUCCCGUGGGGCCAUCCCGAGUCACCCCCUCGCUGCCUUCAUGACAUACGGACACCCUGUCCCCCCCAGACCAGGGACCAUUUGCUACUGGGGAGCGGUGAGACUCCUGCCAGCCCCGAGCCCCCGGCUGCACACGGACCCCGCCAGCCCUGGGCUGAGCCAGCACCGUCCUGCCGCAGGACACAAGGUGACACAGCUCUCCCCAGCCCUGGCUCCUGCUGUGUCUCAGUUUCCCCAUUGCUGGGGAAGGGGGGGCUGUUGGGGGUCCAGGUGAUCAGUGCCUUGCUGGGCUGGGGACCCAGCCCCUGCAGCUCCUGUCUCCCUCUUGGUGCCUUUUCCCCCUCAGGGCUUAGGGGGAGCUGGGCCCCUCGCCCUCCCCCUGGCUUUCUCUGUUGUUUUUUCCUCUUCCCCCAUUUUUCAGGUUGGACCCAAUAAAGGUGACUUUUCCUA